AUGAACAGGAUGGGUAGGGUUAAGCUGAAGAUAAAACGACUUGAGAGCACAGGGAACAGGCAAGUUACAUACUCGAAGCGUAAAAGUGGGAUAUUGAAGAAAGCCAAAGAGUUAUCUAUCUUGUGUGAUAUUGAUAUUGUGCUUCUUAUGUUUUCUCCUACCGGCAAGCCUACCGUUUUCCAUGGUGAACACAGUUGCAUUGAAGAGGUUAUUUCUAAGUUUGCGCAAUUAACUCCACAAGAGAGGACAAAAAGAAAAUUGGAGAGCCUCGAGGCAUUAAAGAAGACUUUUAAGAAGCUUGAUCAUGAUGUAAAUAUACAUGAGUUUUUAGGAGCAAGGAAUCAAACUAUUGAGGGUCUGAGUAAUCAAGUAGCAAUUUUCCAAGCUCAGCUUAUGGAGUGUCAUAGAAGGCUAAGUUGUUGGACAAACAUCAAUAGAAUAGAAAACACUGAGCACCUCAAUUUGUUGGAAGAAUCAUUGAGGAAAUCCAUUGAAAGAAUCCAGAUUCACAAGGAACAUUACAGAAACAGCCAACUUAUGCCAAUAGAAUGUACAACCACACAGUUUCACAGCGGGAUACAGUUAUCUUUGGAGAUGGGAGGUAGUAGUAGUAGUAUGCAAGAAGCUCACCCCAUGUCUUGGCUUCCUGAUAAUGAUAACCAACAAACAAUCUUACCUGGUGAUUCCAGUUUUCUUCCUCAUAGAGAGAUGGAUGGUUCGAUUCCUGUUUACUCAAACUGUUUCUUUGAGUCUGUAAAACAAGAAGAUCAGAUAUGCAACAACCCUGGACAAACAUUUGAGCAGUUAGAACAGCAAGGAAACGGUUGUUUGGGUUUACAACAAAUUGGGGAAGAAUAUUCAUAUCCUACAUCAUUUGGUACUAGUCUUGGAAUGGAAGAAGAUCAAGAGAAGAAAAUAAAAUCUGAAAUGGAAUUGAACAACUUGCAACAACAACAACAACAAGAUCCUUCUUCAGUGUAUGAUCCAAGGGCUAAUAAUGGUGGCUGCUUUCAAAUGCCUCAUGAUCAAUCCAUGUUUGCCAGCGAUCAUCAUCAGCAUCAUCAUCAUCAUCAAAAUUGGGUUCCAGAUUCAAUGUUGGGUCAGACUUCUUACAGCCAGGUUUGUGUUUCACACCUUCCAUUUGAAAUUAUCUAA